CUCCCCCCCUCGGGGCUCUCCGCCUGCAAGUCCGCCAUCUUCGCAGCAGGAGCGGGCCGCUACCCGGACGGAAAAUACACCGAGUGCUGCUGGACGACGUCCGGCAGAGGGCAGUUUCGGCCGAGGAAGGCCACGAACCCGGCGAUCGGGAGGGUCGGGGAGUUGGAGUUCACGGAGGAGGUGUGGGUGGAGGGGUUGAAGAGGGCGCAUCCGUAUGAGCAGCCGUCGUAUAGUGUUUCUCGGAUGGAGGAGUUCUAG